CUGUCUAGCAAGACACAGGCAAGGCUCUCGAAGACACACUCUAUUAUCUAACGGUUGUACUUAAAAAGCAAUAAUUUCGAGCUGCGCGAAUCGCGCGCGUAACUCUCCCGGCUCACGCAAUCUCGUGUGACAUUAAAGCUGAUAACGGUAUUAUUACGUGUCAUUCGUGUUAUUACGCGCGAGGAUAUAUCGUUUCCGUGAAAAAUCCGCGCUACAUUUUACGUCGCGAUGAUUCUGUCGUGUUUCAUAUUACAUAUUAUACGUGUGUGCUGGAUACACAUGGCAUGCAUCUCGUAUGUAGAACGUCCUCGUUCGAGCGCAUAAUUGGCGGUAAGAUUUCGCAAUCAAAUCGAGCGAGAUUCGAUAUCGCAAUCAAUCGCAAUAUAUCGCCGCGUUACGUUACGCGGAAGCGUUCCGCGGGUUAAUCUCGGACUCUCCGAUCCACGAUCGUAAUUUGUCAGCCUAUUCGGAUCUGCGAUAACGAUACGCGGACAAACAGUUUCGAUGUUUCGAUUCAGGACAUUGCAGAUUUCGUUUUUUUUUACGCGUCGUGCGACACAAAUCGCGGAUGUGCAACGUUCUUCUACGUUUCUUCUCUUUCAACGCGCUGGUAGAGUACAAAAAAGUGACUUUUUCCCGCGAAAAUCGCUCGGCCUGUAAUCGCGUUCUCUGUAAUCAGAAAAGCUUAAGGGAGGAACGAAGCGCGUUAUUAACGGAAAAAGUGAAAGCGAAGGAUCGUUUUGCGGGUGUACGACUUCCUCGUGUGAUAUUGCGUUAUUUGCUCUUGCCGUAUCUAACGUCUUUAUUAGCGAUGUCGGUUGGUGGAAUUAUAGUAAACGAUGAUGGUACACGGGCAUGCACACUAAUCGUUCAUAAAGUUGCGCAAUUACGUUCAAAGUUAUGAAAUUUAAUUAUUUUGCCCGGCGAGACUGAAACGUCCGCAUUAUAUGCGCAAUCAAAGUUUUAAUGAACGUGCGUCGCGAUCAAGAUGGUGAAGUUGCAAAAAUUUGCUUUUUGCGCAGUCGUUCACUUCUGAAAGAUUUCGAAUUUGAAUUACAAAUGUUGCCAUUGUAUUUUAUACAUUUGUUACAUUACAUUUUAUUAUUCGAUAUUUCAUAUAUAUCUUUUCAUUAGUAUAUUAAUUUUUUUUUUACGGGCACAUGCGUAAUAUUAAGUACAUUAAUUAAAUAAUCAAAUAAUUUACGCUACAUAAGGAUAAUUAGUUUCAAAGUCGAAAGUUCUGGUAUUUACGACCAAUAUUUUUUGUCGCUGAUUAGAGAAAAUAUAAUAAACUUAAAAACCCUGCAGUUUUUAAAUUUUGGUAACUUUUAACUAGUCUCUUUAGCCAGAUGUAUAUACAAUUAAAAUAUCCUUAAGGUUAAUGUAUGGUGCAUCUUUUUUGCAGAGGUAAAUACGCAACGGUGAGGAGAUGCCGCGAGAGAUCCAGUGGCAGGCAGUGGGCUGCCAAGUUUCUGAGGAAGCGACGACGGGCUCAGGAGCUCAGAGCGGAAGCACUUCACGAGGUCGCCGUACUGGAUGCCGCGGCCCAUUGUUCUCGUCUCGUCUCCCUUCAUCAGGUCUUUGAAACCAACACCGAGAUGGUGCUUGUCCUCGAGCUGGCUCCUGGCGGCGAGUUACAAAUGAUACUCGAUCGGGACGAAGUUCCAGAAGAGCGACAGGUUGCCAGAUUGCUGAAGCAGAUUUUGGACGGGAUAGCCUUUCUGCAUUCCCUGAACGUGGCUCACCUCGACAUCAAGGUAAGUGUUUUCAAACACUCGAACUACUUUUGUACGGUGAAGGCGGGCCUAACCCACCACCGACCAUUGUUUGACCGAAGGUGCGGCUGUUAAAAUCCCAAAAGUGCACCGUGCGACAAGGGAUAUAAAUAUAUCCACGGUUCAACGUGCCUUGACGAUUUCUUUCCGAGAAAAGGAAAGUAUGCUGCACAAUUAGAAGAACGUCAGUUCUGCAGUUUUCCUCGGAUGAUACUUAUAAUUUUCAAUUAUUUGUUAAACGACGACUUUCUUGUCCGGCUUGGAGCGUGGAUUUCAAGAUUAUCGCGAACAAGUAUUUCGGGCAGAUAAUUCCGACGGCUUUAUUGCUCGCAAUCGAAGCAUCAUCUGCGUCACGAUUUUAUCGGCUACAAUAAAUUCCUCCGGUUAACGUUCGCGUCUUUUGCGACUGCUAGAUUGGGGAAUAACCCGUGAAAACGCGAGCGAGAUACGCAGCGUGAUUCUUCGGUAUAUCUCCAGACCAGACGUAAAAAAUAACAAGCGAGGCAUGAUAACGGGCGAAGAUUGUCGCUCGUGCAAAUAAUUCUUAUCUCGUUUUUCCGGUGCGCUCCGCAGCGAGGAGCAGCACGGAAAACAGAGGCCUCCCGAGGCGUCUUUUGGCGCGCGGCAGGUAACCGCGAAUUAUCA